UCCCUUCCAUCAUGUGCGCCAACGUCGUUUACGAGUGGUUGAAGACCCUGAAACUCACCCAGUACGCCGAGUCUUUUGUGGAUAAUGGCUACGAUGAUCUGGAGGUGUGCAAGCAAAUCGGGGAGCCGGACCUGGAUGCGAUCGGGGUGUCGAUGCCACAGCACAGGCGCCGUCUCCACGAAGCCGUGCGGAGGCUGAAGGAGGAAGACGAGACCACCGCCGGCCUCUACUUCACCUUGGAGCCGCAGCCACCUCGGCGGAGCUCGCCAGGGCCCGAGAUCUACCCCAGAAGCGGGGAGGAGCAGCGCGAAACCAAGGCGAGGAAGGAGCCACUCCGUAAGGUCCCAUCGCCGGGUCACCUUCGGGGGAAAAAGGGGGCGCCGCGGAAAAUGGGACUCAGCGGCAAGGAGCUGACCACUUACCCCAAACUCAGACUGAAAAUCAUGAUUAGGGAUAAACUCAUCCGGGAUGGGAUCACCCUCAGCAAGCCCCCCUAUUCCAGCAAGGUAAGGCAGGAGCGCUGUGCCUUAAAUCAUGUUGGUGUUGCUGGUUUUCUUGUUAUCGUUGCUACGUAA